GGGAAGAAAGGACUUCCAUCAGAAAACAGGGAGUCUAGACAGAGAAACAAAAAGAAACAGAGGAUUCAGGGCAAACAGAAUUCAAAGCAGAGCAAGAGGACCAAAAAUGAAGAGGGGAAUUUUACACUACCCUUUCUAUUUCUAUUUCCCCUCCUUUUUGCUCAUCUGAUCUCUCACUUUAAUUCUUCUUCUUCCUCCUCCUAAUGUCCUUUAAACAAUGGAGGCCACAGACGAGAUAGUGUGUCGGCCCAUCGAUGCCAUUAACCCCAUGAUCGGCACAAGCUUUCAGGUAGCCUGCAUUCUCGUUGUCUCCCACAUCUUCCACCUCCUCCUCAAACCCCUGGGUCAACCCGGACCUGUCGCCCAACUUCUGGCUGGUAUUGUUGUAGGUCCUUCCCUUUUAUCCCGAAUCGAUAAAGUCAAGGAAUUCUUCCUCCAGGCUUCCUCUGCAAAAUACUACCAAUUCUUCUCCCUCAUGUGCCGCAUACUCUUCAUGUUCUCCAUUGGCCUGGAGACCGACGUCGCUUACCUCUGGCGAAACCUCCGUGUGGAAAGCACCAUUGCAGGCGGCGGCUCUAUCCUGGCAAUAAUCUUAGGAGCCUCUGUCUCCUGGUUCCUCAUCCACGCACUCAAAAUCGUCAAAAGCUACUUUUCAUUUGUCCUUUUUUUCAUCGCAGUCUUAGCAAACUCUGCCUCCCCUGUAGUCAUCCGUUUGGUAUCGGAAUUGAAAUUUGAGACCUCCCAGGUCGGGCGAUUAGCAAUAUACUCUUCCUUGAUCAAUGAAAUGUACUGUAUCUUCGUGGUUUCCUUCAUCAAAUCCUUUUCUGGGUGGCGAAAAAUCGGAAAUGCGGUUCUCACAGGCUCUUCUUUUGUACUUAUAAUCUUUUUGAACAAGUACUUUGCAAACUGGUUCAACAAAAGGAAUCUAAACAACAUAUACCUGACCAACAGUGAAGCCUUUGUGAUUUUGUUUUUGUUGGUCUCUCUUUCUAUCUUCAUGGAAUGGGGUGGGUUUAGCAGCAUCAUGAUUUGUUUCCUCCUGGGUAUGUUGUUUCCUAGAGAAGGAAAAACCUUUCGGACAUUGAUGCAAAAACUCUCCUACACCGUCAACACCUUCAUAGUUCCAGUAUACUUGGGCUACACCGGAUUCCAGUUCGAUGUCAGUAACCUUGGUGAUAAAGUAAAGCUGCUAGUCAUCGCUCUCACCAUCGUCUUGAGCACUGCCUGCAAAAUUGCAGGUACUCUUGCCGCUUGCUAUUACUUGAAGAUCCCUUGGAACGAUGGCAAAAUCCUUUCCUUUGCUCUCAAUUUGAAAGGCAACUUCGACCUUGUUCUUUUAAACGUCGCAACCUCAGCACCGGAUGAUCAAUGGUGGACGCCAGAGAUACACAGUUUGUUUUUAACGAUAAUAGUGCUUAACACGAUUAUAUUAGGUCCGGUUGUGGCGUGUCUACUGAACAACGAAAAGGUGUUUUCUAUGUAUCAUUCCUGCCUGGAAACCAUCCAUCCGGAUACAGAGCUCCGAUUGAUCUGCUGUGUAUAUUCUCCACGCCAUGUUUCCGGCCAUUUCUGUCUCAUUUCCGCCUUGAGUGGGUCUUCCACUGCUCCCAUCACCCCUUACCUGAUGCACUUGGUCGAGCUCCCAAAGAAGAAAAAGACCAAAUUGAUGUACCACCAGCUUGAAGAUGGUGGCCAGUUCUCCGAUGAAGAAGACUAUGGCAAAAACGAUGCUUUGGAAAUCAAUGACGCCAUCGAUUCUUUUACUUCCGAGACCAAAAUUAUGCUCCGACAAGGUAAAGUUGUUUCUGUUUUUUCCAACAUUUACGAGGAUGUCUGCAACGGAGCAGAGGAUUUACGGUCAUCCAUUAUUUUGCUACCGUUUCACAAACACCAAAGAAUCGACGGGCAAUUGGAGGGCGGAAAGGUGGGAAUUCGGCCCACCAACCAGAAGGUUCUCCGGCAUGCACCGUGUUCGGUUGGGAUUUUUGUUGAUCGGAGCCAAACUGGGUUCCAGCAACCGCACGGUUCGCAAUCAGUGCAGAACAUAGCUACUUUGUUCUUCGGGGGACCCGACGAUCGAGAGGCUCUGGCUUGUAGCAAGAGGGUCGCCCUCCACGCUCAGGCGAGGCUCACCGUCGUUCGGUUCUUGCACUCUGCGGCAGCGGGAGGAGAGGCAUCGUGGAUCAACAAUGCGUCGCAUAAGAACGAAGAGGUCAUCAUGGCCAUAUCGAAUCAAGGGACGGAAAACGAGAUCGACAAUGCUGUCAUCGAGAGCUUCAAAAACAGCUUUGUGUCGACCGGAAAGGUUGGGUACGUGGAGAAGUACGUCAACGAUGGGGUACAAACGGCGACGGUCUUGAGGGAGAUCGGAGACAUGUACAACUUGUUUAUCGUGGGGAGAGGCGGCCGAGGCCAUUGUCCAUUGACGACAGGGAUGAGCGACUGGGAGGAGUGCCCGGAGCUUGGGCUGGUGGGUGACCUUUUGGCCUCUUCCGACAUGAACAUCAACAGUUCUGUUUUGGUGAUUCAACGACAUAGAGGGUCGGAAACAGACACAGGCAUUAUUGAUGAUUAGAUUAAUUAAUACUAGUACUUGAAAUGUAAGUACAGUAUAGUAUGUAUUAAUGUACCUAAUUACUAGGAGUAAUAUUCUUGGUAGGUUUAGGUCGUUUUGGAGCAAUAUUUGCAUACAUUUGUGUCUAAAACAAAGAUUAUGUCAUAGU